AUGGCUGAACCACAAGAAGAACGUUUUGUGAACGUUAUUCCGAUGCCGACUUCUCGCGCCAAAGUUAAGAAAGAAAUAUUUCAUGAUGAUGACGAUGAAUUCCACUGCCGACUCUGCUGGAAAGGGUUUGCCAGUGAGGUAGCGCUCCGGAACCAUGCUCGCAUGGAGCAUAUUGAUGCUUAUGCUUCCGGAAACCCUGCGGUUUGGACUCAUGCCAAUGACAAGAAAAAACCACAAACAGACGACAAUAUUAUCAAGCUGAAGACAGAACAGGUACUAUCAGAGAUGGAGCCGACCAGCGUGAUGACUCUAGCGUCCAAUGAUGUCAGCUACAUUAUCAUCAAAGCCGAUGAAGGUCCGGAAACCAAGAAGAAGAGAGUCGAACGAGUUGUAAAGAAGGAGAAAGUAGUGAAAGAGGAAAAACAGGCGCCGAAGAAGGAUAAAACUGAGCCUAUUACCGGCCCAUUCGAAUGCCUACAACCUUCAACCCUGGUAGCAGAUGGAACCUGCCACCAGAUCUUUUUCUCAUGCUGCGAGUACUCUGCCCACUACCGGGACGAACAUACACGCCGUAGGAAGGGACUCCGCUGCCAAGUCUGCGAGAAGCCACUGGCUUGCAGCGGGGAGGAGGCACCGGCGCCCUAUGCAUGCGAGGUGUGCGGCCUAGGUUUACAGACCAGCAAGGAGUUGUCCCAGCACACAGCAAUAGCUCAUGUCAAGCUAAAACCCUUCGAAUGCAACGUCUGCCACAAACGGUUCACUCAGCAUGGUGGAGUACUUCAGCACAUGAGAAUGCAUACCGGAGACCGUCCGUUCCCUUGCACCUUCUGCCCAAAGGCCUUUACCCAGAAAUCAGGCCGACCAACACCUUCGCAUACACACCAAAGUCAAACCAUACCGAUGUGUUGUAUGCAGCAAGACAUUCUGCCAAUCCGUACAUCUGAAGCAACAUAUGCGAACACAUACCAAUGUGGCACCCUUCCAAUGUGGGAUAUGUGA